UACCUCAUCAUUCAGUGACAACAAUAACACUAUAACAGUAAUUAGUUGAUAGACGUCAGCAGUUAUCUGCUCACUGCUGUAGGCUGUUGCCUUUAGUAAUCAAGUUAAAAUUUUGAAUUUAAAUUACAUUUUAUAAGAAUAAACUGCAUAAUUUUUAUAUUUUCCAUUGUCUUAUGACUAAUAAGUUAUAGUCUUUUAUGUAAAAGACAAUUAAAUUUUUUUUUAAAUGUAUGAUUGAAUAAUAAGUAAUUUAUACUUUAAUAUUCCAUGGAUUUUAGUAUAAAACUGUAUACCUGUAAUCUAUGUAUUUUGAAAAACAAAAAUUCUACAACUGCUAAUAUGAUAACAUGUUAAGCUGAUACUCAAAAAGAAAAUUAUUUUAAUGCCAUGGCUAAAAUAUGGAAGUCUCAAAAUGGUAAUCAUCAUGAAUGCGGUUACUCACAAAUUAUUCAACGGCACGAAAAUAGUGAUAUGUAUUGGACAAUGCACAAAGACGUAAAAAAAAUGUUCCAACUUUUAUCUAACGAAUCGGAAUUACUGAAUAAAAAAUUUAUACUCAUACACGUCAGUAGUCAUUCUCAUCUUGAAGAGCGUUAUUUUUUUCCUGCUGAAAUUUCUGCAUUGGAAUUUACAUUGUCAAAUGGUUUUUCACGUAUUUAUCAUCAGAUAGUUGGUAUUGCGAAAAUCUAUCCACGGGGUUAUGGAGGUGGUUUGAGACAGUACUCAGACACAUACCAUAAAAUUAGCUGUUGGGAUAAUCAUCCUGAUGACUAUAAAACAAUAUUGUUAGAUCUCCUCAGUUUUUUAAAUUUUCAGGGCAAUGAACUUAAUGAAAAAGAUUUAAACGAAGAAACAUUAGAUUUGCCAUACUUGUACACCAUAGAAACUGAAAUGUUUUCUAAUAUGAUGAACACAAAAAUUAGUCUUGAAAAUCUUUAUAAAACAGUAUUUCCAAAUCAUAACCCAGAAUACAUCAAAUUGUUAUUCAAAAUAGGGUCUCUUGAGAGGUUAUUUAAUGAAAUGAUAAAUAAAUUCAACAUCCAUUUAAACGGACAUUACAUAAGUCCAGGAUUUUCUCUUAGAGACAUUCUAGGAUCCGAUAUGUAUGGACUUGGUCUUGGUUGUACGUUUCAUGAAGUACGAGAUAUUGCAUUUAAGUGUUCCAGGUCACGUGUUCUGCAAUGGAUGUCAAAUAUUUGCAAACAUUUAAAUAAAUAUACCAGCCUUAAAAUUAUUCCUGGGAGAAACGUAGCAUUAUUAUUGAGAGACGGAUCGAGAUUGAUUAUUGAAGACGAGAAUACACCUAUUACUAGACAACAACUUGGAAUGAAGCCACUAACAGAGUAUUUAAUUAAUUAUCAUCAAAAAUAUUAUUGUGAUGAUAAUAUAGAUUAACUAUUAAUAAAUCUAUAAUAAAUGUCAUAACUAUUUUAUAUUUAUAGCCAAUUUUUUAUUUUAUACUUAGCCAAUAAUUUAUUUCUUAUUUUGUCUAAUUUUUUUUUGGCAUUAUAAGUAAACCCAUUAUUUUUUAUUAUUUUACUAUCUUUAUGUAGUACACAUGUAACUUACAUUAAUAUUUAAGUGUGUGUCACUGGUUUAACACUCGGUCACGGGCACUUCGUUUGCUGGGCGAGCAAUUGUCCAGUGAAAAGGAGCUGCCAUCUUCCUCUCCGGUGCUAGUCUGACAACCUGUUCUGGACAGUGAAUUCGCCAAGAAACCCUCGUAAUGGCAGCUUUGAGCCUUAAAUACCUGUUAAACUGAUAAUGAUAUUUUAUAAAAAAAAUAAAACUAAUUUAUAUUUUUAACAAAUUAUAAAUUGUAAAAUUAAUAUAAUAAAAUUAUUUUAUAUUUUUUAAA